UGUUUGAAGCAGUCAAGAAGAGAAAGAUCAUCAAAUCACAAUCCAUUACUUCACUGGUACAAGUUUAAAAUACUUGGUUUUAUCUUUUCCAGGUUCUGUUUAAACCAAUAAGCUUCUUUCUCUUUCAUUAUGGUUCAACUCCCUCAAGCCCUCUCUGGUUUUCCCUCAGUUCUCUACUUCUCCAUGUAAAAGAUCCAAUAUUUUUUCCAGAAUUUUUAAAGAUCAUCCAGAGAUUUUGUUCUCAGGAAGUUACAGGCAUGAGGAGCUUAAUUCUUCAAUUUGAGUACUUAGCAGAAGAUCUGUGUUGGUAUUUUCUCGAGGCUUUCGACAUUGUUGCUGAGGACUUGAUUGUGUUCUUCCAGGUGUUAAUUUCGAUCCUUGAGAACUUGAUUCAUCCCCUGUUUUGCCUCAUCUUUAUUGCCUAGAUAGUUGACAACUUUGGAUUGGAUAUCGAAAGCUUUAUUCGAGUUAUAAAUCGAAGUUUUGAGUUCUUUUCGAUCAUUAUAAAAGCUUGCUCUGAGAGCUUUGUACAUCUCUUGUUUUGCCUCAUCUUGAUUGCCUUUAGUGUUGAUAACUUUCGGAUUUUCAAAAUCGAAACCUUAUUCGUGUUGGAAGUUGAAGAUUUGAGCUCCAAUGGGAUCAAUUCGGAAUACUGUUCAGUAUUGUUGUGUUUCGAAGGAUGAUAGGAUUCUAUAUGAAUACAGCGUGGGAGAUCAUGAGGUUGAAAGGAUGGCUGCCUUGUGUUUGGAACGGAUCCCCUCGUUCCACAAAUGGUAUUUCGAGACGAUAGGUAAACAGACUUUUGGGUUUUUGUUCGAAGAUGGGUGUGUUUAUUUCGCGAUUGCCGAUGAUGCCGUUGAAAACCAUGGUGUGCUUCGGUUUCUAGAGCACAUAAGAGAUGAAUUUAGAAAUGUAACUAGGAAGGGUUCGAGAAGUAGUUUCUCGAGUAUGAGUUCGAUGGGUGUCGAAGAGCAACUAGUGCCGGUUAUCCGGAGCUUAAUAGCUUCGUUGGAACAAGUUUCGGAUAGUGGCAAUGAUUGGAAAACUGAGAUUCCGUCAUCUCCAAGCAAUGCAAAUGCCCAACUCGAAGCUGUUAGUUCCACAAAAUCCCCUUUGUUGGGAAAACCGAGCAAGCAAGAGAAGAAGAAUAAGGAUCGUGUGAUCGCGGUGAGAGAUAUCGAGUUGGAGGAGCCUCGGAAAUCAACUGAUAGAGGAGUAAAAACCGAUCCAACUGCAUUAGAUUCGAAUAACCAAAACGGAGCAAGUUCGUCCAACACAUUACCGAAGGACUUGGAUUCGACGAGGAUCAGACCCGGAUCUCAGAACAUCCGUAAAAAAUGGUGCCGCCAAGUCCGUAUCAUUCUCGCUGUAGAUGCAGCUUUUUGUUUAUUACUGCUAGUGGUUUGGUUGUCAAUCUGUAAGGGCUUAUCGUGCACACGAUAAUGAUUCCGAUUCAAUGCUAACAUUCGAAGUUUCAUUCUACAGACCAGAGAUCGAGAACCAGUCCGAAUUUCGAGCCAAUGGCAUUAGCUGUUGAGAAUCCUCUGUAUAGUUUCAUAGUUUUAGUGCUUAUGCACAUCAUAUAAUCAUAUUGCUAUGAGUGUCUCUUACAUCAUGUUCUUGCACCAUAUUGCGGAUUCAAAUGAUGUC